CAGAUUAUUUGAAGCUUUUUUUAUUUGGAUUGAAGAUUCAAAUCUUCAUCUGCCAAAUGUAUGCCUUUCUGCAUUACAGCCAAAGUAUUGUCCUCACAAACUGAAAUUCCUCUUUGAAAAUCAAAUGAAAAGACCUGUAAUUAUUGAUGAGGAUGUAUGGUUUGAUCUAGUGUCUAUAAAGCAGAUAAAAGAAGAACUUGAUCAAAAAGUAAGACCAUGGAAUAACAAGACAGUUAGCGCUGUUGAUAACUGCAAAGACAUUGCAUGUGAUACUCCUCUAACUAAAAGAGUAUUACAGCAUUUGGAUAAGUAUGAAGUUGAAGAAGCUCUGCAUUGUAAUGUUAGUCUAGAUUUACCAGUCAAACAAAUUGAAGACUCUGUAAUGUCAUCAAGAAAUGGUUUAAUUGUGCUCAUUGAGACAAAUCAGAAUCUGAUUUUUGAAAGAGCUAAAUAUCUAACUGAAUUAUCUAGGAGAAUAAAGCAACUGAAUAGUAACUAUAAAAACUGGGUUCCGCAGGAAUUUUCCAUUGAAGAUUCUGAGGCACUAAUUUCCAAAACAUGUUAUAAAGGAUCGGGUCCAAAAGGUUGUAGUGGUCCUGCAAAUUUUAGACUAAAGGUACAGAAAUAUAUAAGAAAUGAAAAAAUCCAUGAGAGAAUUGACAGCAAUAGAGCCGAUCAUCACGUUGUGCAAGAGGAACUAAUGAAAUUUCGCAUCUAUGAACUAUGUUGUGCAUCUUUACAGAUUGAAAAUUACAUAGAGUCCUUGUCAGAGAAAAUGAAAACUUCCAACUGUGAAGAUGCUGUUAAACUCAGAGCAAUGGGUAUUUCUCUAUUUUAUCAGCAGUUAGAAUCAAUUGAAAAAAAUAUUGAAUUUGUGGAUGGAUCAUCUUUGUCUCGUCAGUUUUUUGCAUCAACCAUUGACACUCUAGGAAAAGAAUUCAUUGAUGGUGAAGAAGAUCAGUUAUUAGACCUCGCCAAAGCAAUAUUGAAAUUACCACAAGCUGGGUCUCUGGCAUUUCAUUUCUUUAAACCUAACGUAGCAUCUGUCAAAGUGUUUAUUGAUGUAUAUACAUUUUUAUUGUCUUCUGUGAUGAAGUAUUCACCAAGUUCUGUGAUAGUUCUAUUUAGUAAGAUUAAUCUCUAUUGCUGGUUAACUGAAAAGAAAGUUGGUUAUUGUGAUAGAAGAAAUGUUUUCAAAGCAAUUUGUGGUACUGUUCUGUUGCUUGACUCUAAUCUCCCUGAGCAGCUUCUUCCUGUGUAUUAUAUUCUGAAGAAGCAUUACAGCAUAAUCUUGGAUUACAUGUUUCCGGAGCUUUACACAGAUGCUGUAAAAUUUCUGCUGAAUGGUAUGGAAAAUACAUCUAAUAAUUUGUGCCAUGACAUGUGGUACCAAACUCUUAUCUGUUUGGGUUGUAAACGAUUAAAAGAAAGCUCUUCUGUACAAGAAAUUGAAUGUGAUGUUAAGAAGUUUGCACAAAAUCUUCAAUUACCUGCUGAUCAACAGAUGCAUCAAUCUACUCAGUUACUAAAUAUCAGCCAGGUGAAAGAAACAAUGGAAUUUUUUCAAAACUGGUUUACAGGAAAAAGAAAGUCAAAUUCCAAUUUGUAUAAAAAAUAUGAAAAAUGUGUAAAGCCAGUUGGGAUAUUCUUAGCAAUUCUGUCAAAUUCCUUACUGAGUCUUUUAUUAAGUGAAGAUUCAAAAGGUGUACAAAAUAUCCAUGAUCUAUGGAAAAGUGUGCAUGAGAUGUUUUAUCCGUGGUUGCAUCCAACUAUAAAAGAAGAUAAUAUAUCUUUUCCAUGGUCUGAUGAGGAAAGUAGUCAAGCAGAAUAUAUGUUUCGCAUGUUUGCAAUGUGCAUUCGAUAUUUCCAGGAAAAACUGGUUGAACAGAACUGUGAAAGGUGUUUGUUGUCUUACAUAUGGGAAUUUUACAUUGAAGCCUAUGUGUCACAUGGUUUACGACACUAUUUAGUUUCAGUGUGCCACACUGAAUUUCUUGACUUACCUUGGCAUCAGUUUCACCCUAACUCUGAGGAUAUUGAGGGAAUGUGUAAAGUUCUUAAGAGUGACAUAAAAGAGAGUAAAGAAUUUCUGGCAAAGAUAAGUAUGAAAAUACCUUGGAUACGAGUUAUGGAAAGCAUUUCAGUAACUAAACCUCCAGAUUAUAUAGGAAGAACACUUGGAACUCUGGGAAAACUGUUAAUUAUAUCAGGACGUGAUGAAACUCUUAAUAAAAAAAAUUUUCACCAAAAUAAUAUGAAAUCAUUAGAAUGCUUACCAUGGCAUUAUAUGUCACUAGAUGAUACUGAAGCUCUCCUGAACUUAUAUUAUUCAUCCAAUGAUCAGAAUUUGCUGUCUGUGCAAACCCCAAAUGUGUUUGAUUGUGAUCUUCAAUUCCUGAAACUUGUCUGUUGCAUGAGUACUAAAGCUGCCAUGUCAUAUCAUUAUAACUCCAAGCAACUGCUAUUUCUACGUAAAUAUAUUACUGCUUUGAAUACUUUUAUUGAAUCAAAGAAGGAGUCUGUUUUGAAAGAUCCUUCGAAGUUUAAAAUCAUCUUGCCAUCACUUCUGAAGGAUGUUGAAGAGAUUAUUGUUGAAGGUACAAAACCUGAGCAACAAAUCAAUGCUGCAUUACCUCUUACAAGGGAAAUACUUGGUUUUCUAAAUGAUUUGUCAGAUCCACAGCUUGUCAAGCAAGCUGUAGACUCUGUAGUGUCUUGGUUAAAUACCAGACCUCAGAGUUUACUACUUCUGCCUUGUCUUCAGACAGCUUGCCAAUGCCUGAAAUCUGAUGCCGUCAAGGUUGCUAUUGCUGAAUGUUGCCUUGUAACUCGUUUUAGUACAGAAAUUCUAGAACCAAAUGAAGCCAACAGCAUAUGGCAACUGGUCUCGUCUUGUUUUCAAGUGCCUUUAAAUAUAAGUGAUAAUUUUGCACGUUCUUGUGUGAAUCAGUGUGCUCACUUGACUCUCUACUGUUACAUAUUAAAUAGAACUUCAAAUUUCACAUCUGUUGGAAGCAAGAAAUUAUUACUUCAGAGCCUUAUUGACUGGAUAAAAAGAUCAGAACUAAGUGAAAAGAAUGAGUCUAAAUCUCUUCUAUUGUGGGAUAAAGUUUUGGAACUGUGUAUAAUGUUAGCCCAUGAUAAUGAACUACAGGUAGUUCAAAAAGCACUGUCUUACUUUUGUUCACAUUUGUCGCUUCUUGGAGAAGACAAAAUAGGAAAUGGUCUAUUGGCAGCAUUUGGUCUUGGACAACCAUCACCUUUAUCUGUAAACUUUAGGUUUCUUUGCCGUGUUAUGUCAGCAUUUAUAUUACUACAAGUUCCUGAAAAUGCUUCAAUACGUUUAGAAGCAAUGGCUUCAGGUUAUUUGCCUGUAACUGACAACAGCAGCGAUUCAUAUCAACCUUUGAAAAAUUCUGAACCAUCACCGUCCUCCGGUGCUCACAAAGCAUUAAUAAAUUUGAAAGGUUUAUUAAAAAAUAAAUCAUAUUCUGCUCUAAGAGCACAAAUUAAUGAUGCCAUACAAUAUGCCAUUAAUCCAAGACACUGCUUGCUGGACAGUAGAGAAUUUUUGAAAAAAAUUGCUCUGUGUAUUUAUCCAAAGGAUACUUUCCUGUAUUCUUUGAGUUAUACUGUAGAAAUAUAAUUACUGUGAUUACAUUUCACACUUAAUUUUUUAUUUAUAUCUGAAAACCUUUUUUGUGGAACAUCAGUAGAAUUGCAGAAGGUAUGUUUCUGUGAAACAUUCCAAAAUAACAUAUUCAUUUUGUGAUAUUUUAAAACCUGUAUAUUUGAAAUAAAAUAUUUCGCAGCAAUGAA